CCAUGUCAUUUCCUGUGAUAAAACAUGGUGGUCACAGCGCGGGGAGGCGACUGAGUCGUUGCAAAAAUUAACGGGAAACUUUGCAGCCGCGGAGUCAGCGACCGAGGGUCGGUGCCCGGCGGCCGGUGCGCGGAGAGCGGAGCUUCACACGGGAGAAAGGGUCCGUGUCCCCGCCGCGUCUCUGCACCAGAGCGUUGUGACGUGGACGACACCCUGGAUUUGGACCAACAUGGUUCCACCAUGAGCGAGCGGCCUCUGGACCUGUGGUUCUGUGAGGAGUGUCAGGACUACUUCCAGGAGGAGUGUCUGACCCACGGGCCCCCUCUGUUUGUCCCUGACACCCCCACGGCCCCGGGCUCGGCCAACAGGGCGGCACUCACGGCCCCAUCAGGCCUGGAGGUCUUCACUGAGGGGGACGAGGUGGAUGUUCGCUGCGUGGAUGCAUCCAUCCCCAGGGGGGCAGUCUUCGGGCCAUACAAGGGAGAGCUGGUGUCCAAAGACAAAUCCUCUGGCUUCUUCUCCUGGAUAAUUGUGGAUUUGAACAACACGUAUCAGUCCAUCGACGGCACCGAUGAGACCAAAGCCAACUGGAUGAGGUUUGUCCGAACCUCGUCAGAGGAGAGAGACAGGAACCUGACGGCGUUUCAGCACGGUAAAAACAUCUACUUCAGAGUCUGUCGGAGGUUGGUGGCAGGAGAGAAGCUGAGGGUUUGGUACAGCAACGACUACAUGCAGCGGCUUCACUGUGUUUCCCAGGAAAGCAUCGACCGCAACCUGGACACAGGUGAGCUGACAGAUACUGGGAAGCCAGCAGUCCUGUCCAACAUUCAGAAGGACAGGUCUUCCUGCCUGCAGUCAGCUCUGCAGGGCAAACUCUGCCCCAGUAAACAACCCAGUGAAGAAUCAGAGGGUCAGCCGCCUGCCAAGAGGAAGAAGAUCGACCUCAUCUUCAAAGACGUCCUAGAAGCUUCUCUAGAGGACUCCAGCAAGUCCAGGUUCCAAUCCUCCCUACCCAGUGAGUGCAAAGUACCGGUGCUUGGGUCGGGGUUUAACUCGCCUGAGAGCAGCUUUAACGUUCCUAACCUGAAGGUGGAGGAGAAAGAGGAGGAGAACCAGGAGCCCUCCACCUCCUUCUGCCCCAACUGUGUCAAACUGAAGAGGAGGAUCCUGGAGCUGGAGCAGGAGCUGUCCCGUCUCAGAGGAGAACAGGGUGACGUGGUCGGUCCAUCAGUGUCUGAGCAGACCCUGUCUCAGCACGAUCAGGGCCCACCCCACCCUGAACAAGGACCCAUUGAAGAUUUUCAAGGGAUGGAGCCCUUGACACCCACUCAGGUGGUUCUGGAUGAAGAUGACCAGGACAUGGACUCGGCUGAUGAGUCAAUUGCUGCAGAUCUUGUGAUUUCUCCAGAGGACUCCUCGAAGCUUUCCUCUGGGGGAGGCCGACGGAUUCGUCGUUUCAAGCAGGAGUGGCUGAAAAAGUUCUGGUUCCUUCGCUACUCACCAACUCUGAAUGAGAUGUGGUGCCACGUGUGCCGCCAGUACACCGUCCAGUCAUCCCGAACCUCCGCCUUCAUCAUCGGCUCCAAGCAGUUCAAGAUCCACACCAUCAAGCUCCACAGCCAGAGCAACCUCCAUAAGAAGUGUCUGCAGCUGUAUAAGCUGCGCAUGCACCCAGAGAAAACAGAGGAGAUGUGCAAGAACAUGAUGCUGCUGUUCAACGCAGCAUACCACUUGGCCCUGGAGGGACGGCCCUUCUCCGACCUCCGUCCACUGGCGGAGCUGCUUAAGAAAUGUGAACUCAAAGUGGUGGAUCAGUACAUGAAUGAAGGAGACUGUCAGAUCCUAAUCCAUCACAUUUCCCGGGCUUUAAAAGAAGACCUGGCUGAGAAGAUGCGUCUGUCUCCCUUUCUAAGCAUCAUCAUGGAUGCUCAAAAUGACGACCUUUUCUCAGACAUGGUGGCGGUCUAUGUCCAGUUCAUAACCAAUGAAGGUUCACCCAACACAGAGUUCCUGUCCUUGCAGAGACUGAGUGUGGCAAGCGUUGACGGAUAUCUUCAGGCCAUGGAUCGAGCCUUUGGGGUCCUGGGCCUCAGGUUUCAGGACUUGAUGGUGGUGGGUCUGGGAGUGGAUGGCACUAACAUCUCUUCAGUAAUGAGAGCCAACAUGUACAUAGCUGUGCAAAACACUUUUCCCUGGAUCCUUUCCCUGCCCAUCAUGAUCCACCGGCCUCACCUGGAGGUGCUGGAUGCCAUCAGUGGGAAGGAGCUCUCCUGCCUGGAGGACCUGGAAAACAACCUCAAGCAGCUCCUCAGUUUCUACCGCUACUCCCCUCGCAUGAUGGCCGAGCUCCGAUCAACUGCUCCGACACUGUCAGAGGAGACGGAGUUCCUCGGAGACAUCAGAGCCAUUCGAUGGAUUAUAGGAGAACCAAACGUCCUUAAUGCACUCAUCAAAGAUUAUCUGGAGGUAGUUGCCCAUCUGAGGGAGAUCAGCAGCCAGACACAGAGAGCUGACGCUGCAGCCAUCGCUCUCACUCUCCUCCAGUUCCUCAUGGACUAUCAGUCAGUAAAGCUCAUCUACUUCCUCCUGGACAUCAUAGCUGUUCUCUCACGAUUAGCCUUCACCUUUCAGGGAGAGUAUCUGCUGGUGUCACAGGUGGAAGCCAAAAUUGAGGAGGCCAUUCAGGAGAUAGGCCAGUUGGUGGACUGCCCAGGAGAGUAUCUGCAGGAGUUUGAGGAAAGUUUCCGUGAAAGUUUCAACGGUGUUCCUCUGAAAAAUCUACGUGUUGCAGAGUCCAAGUUUCAGUCCAUCCGCGAAAAGAUCUGCAACAGGAGCCAAGGCAUCCUGUCUCAGAGGCUGGACAUGCAGAGCCGCUCAUUUGCCAAAGCCUGCAAGGUCCUGGACCUGUCCACCUGGCCUCACAACCGGGAGGACCUUCAAGCCUAUGGGGAGGAAGAAAUCCAGCUGAUAUUCAGCCAUCUGGAGUCCAUUCCUUCUGUGAGUCAGGAGAGCUCCCAGGCCAGGACGGAGGCCAGAGGCUGCCUGGUGGUGGAAUGGAAGGAUCUGAAAGCAGACUACUACAGCAUGAAUGGUUUCAAAGAGGUCAUCAGUCACAUCUGCAGGUACAAGCAGCGUUUUCCUCUGCUGAACCGGAUUGUGCAGGUUGUCAGGGUCCUGCCCAGUUCCACGACCUGCUGCGAUAAAGGCCGAGGGGCUCUACAGAAGAUGUGCAAGAACAAUCGUUCCCGGCUGACCUUGGAUCAGAUGAACGACUUACUGAUCGUGGCAGUUAACGGACCGCCCAUCUCUAACUUCGACGGGAAGCGAGCGUUGGACAGCUGGUUUGAGGAGAAAUCUGGGAGCAGUUAUUCUCUGUCAGCUGAGGUGUUGAACAGGAUGUCGGCUGCUGAUCAGAAGCCUGUUUUGCACAGUGUUGAUGUCAACACAGAGUUUUACCCUGAUAUCUAACAGGCACACCAAUGAGCGAGGUACUGCAACAAAAUACCACUACAACACACUACGCUAAUACUAAUGAGGCAGCAUCGCUGCUCAACACCAGUGAGUCCCAACCUGGGCUACUUCUACCUGCAGUUACCGCAGGGUGGGAGGAAUGAUUUCAAACCCUGCUUAAUUUGGAAUUAUGAUUGAAUAAUACAGAGUAUAUAUCUUCAUAUUUGUGUUUAGGAGGGAAAUCAGCACUCAGGUAGGAUUACAAAAUUGUGUGAUACUGAUCUUUAGUAUCACCCUAACUUACCAGCCGUGGUUCUCCGACAUGUCUCAUGUCUUUUCCCCAAGUAUGGUCAGUUUUUGUGCUGCAGUAGCCUAUACAGACAAGUACUAAAGAUAAAGAUACUAUAAAUGGUUGAAACGUCCAGUUUCUCUCACAACAAAUGGAAGUAAUACAAAUGCAAAUGUGACCAAAACAACUACAAAAAAAAAAAAUACACAACACAAAACUCUACACAACUGGGCAAACCUCUCUCCCUGUUAGGCUGGAUGGAUGGAUGGAUGGAUGGAUGAUGGAACAGGCCUAGAGGCCACAGGACCAGGGGCCCACAGGGUCAGAGGGUCCCUGGGUUUCACCUACAAAAAUGAAAUUAAAUGAAAACACAGAUGUGUUGUUUGUAGUUGUGUUGUCUGUGCUCAGGCUCCCGCUGUCUCAUCAUCCUUCCAUGUUCAGCUGGACAUCAGUCCCACAUCUUCCAUCUCUGACUGACUGACCUCUUUCACUGAUGAGUGCUGUCAGACCCAGGGCUGCCGAGGGCCCCUACACUUGUCAUACCUUAUAAUAAAGCGCUUGUUGCCAGAGUCACAGUCAGUUACACAUCGGGAACAAUCAGUUAGUGUCAAACUAAAUGUCCGUGCUAUUGAGCUGCUCUCUGCUUCAGCCUAUUUGCCAAUGGGAUAUUCAGUCAUGUAGUGCCUGACAAAUGAAAAGCUUGAGUGUAAGGAUGUAUAAAGGCUUUAUAUUUCUAUUAGAAAUGCACACAGCCCUUCUUCACACUGUAUAUAUUGUACAAACUGUAUAUAUUGUAAAAGCUUUUGAGCCUGUUUUUAAGGAGAGUAUUUUUCUCUUGAAUCUGAUGAUUGUGCUCUAACGAUCGAAUGCAAGAACCAACAGACAAAGGUGCUAUCCUGCUAUGCCAUAAUGUAAUUUGCCAUAUUUGUUUAGAUGUUUACCGCAGCAAAUUAUAUAUUUAAAACAUGUUCCUUUUAACUGAUGCAUCGGCUUUGUGUUUGGAUGUUUGUAGCACAGUAACUUCAGUCUUGACCAAAGCUCUGGCAUCAAAUAUUCAGACAAGUUUUAAAAACUGCAUGAUGAUUUUCAGCUGUUGCUUUUAGCACUUAAAUAGUGUUUAAUAAUCGUUAUUAAGACGUCAGUAUUUAAAGCUGAACUAAAUGUAAGAUAGUGGGAAUACAAUGAGCUGAGACAGCUGACCUCAGCAGGCAGAAGCACUUUUACUUUGUUAUUAUUUUAAAAUUUGCUUUGUUUCCUGAAAUCAAAGGCAGAGUUUGACAUUUUGGGAAAUGCACUUAUUGGGUUUCUUUCUAUGAGUUUGUCAAUUGUUGUUGUUGUUAAUAAUCAGUUUCAUGUCUGUGCAUUAAUCUAUGUUCCUGUACAUCACUCAGACUGUAAUUACAAGCAGCUGAGUCAGAGAAACUGCUCACAUCAGUCUUUGACUUUGGAGAUUUCAGGAAUCUCUGUACAGGCUUCCAUCACUGGAGGUUACAUCCAUAGAAUCCCACCUGAAGGCUUCCUUAGUCAAUUCAGCUUAAAUUAAAUUAAAGGGACUAAACCCUGUUUCUUAUUCUAGGUGUUAGCUCUGGUGUGAGCCCUGCUGUUAGCUCUGGUGUUAACUCUGCGGUCACAGCAGAUAAAGAGAAUAAAUUAGCUUCUUCUUCUUUUGUGCGUUUGCAGCAGUUUGUUACUGUGUGAGACCAGACCCAAACACAGUGUACAGCUGCUGUACAAUGAGCUAGUGAGCUAGUUAGUGUUGGACUUUGUGUUGGUGUGUUGGCCCUUUUGCCGUCUGUUGGCGCUUCUGUGGGAGAUUCAGCUGAUCUGUGACUGAGACAGGAAACGGUUUUUACUGCUCGUAAUAAACGAUACAACAUUAAUGGGACAUAACCAUCGUGGAAUAAGUCAUAAAAAGGCUAAUUUUUCCCUGCGCUUCUUUUCAUUCUGCCGACGUCGGUUCAGUGCUAGUACAGAACUAUAGGAGCUAGCUUAGAUUAGACUGGGAGCAGGGGAAAACAGCUAGCCUGGCUCUGUCCAAAGUUCAUGACUCCACCUAGUGGAACCUCCGAACGUUGUUCUUGUUUUUUCUUUUCUGUGCACAAACAGAAAUGGGCAAUUUUCUGGGCAGUUACGUGCUGGAAGUGUUGGUAUGUGUAUUUUUGAACUUGAACCAGGCUAGCUGUUUCCUGCUGUUUCCAGUCUUUAUGCUAAGCUAAGGCUAAUCGCCUCCUGGUGCCAGCUCCACUCUUAGUGCACAGACAUAAGAGUGGGGUUGGUCAAUUGUUUUUUGAGAAAUUAUGAGAAUUAGUGUUUUUCCAAAAUAUUUCCCAAAAUGUCAAACUAGUUCUGAAUGAUUGCUGGAUAGUUAGCUCAAAGCUAUUUAGCUCCAAGCUAUUUAAUCCUCUUCCUUUCAUAUCACUGAAGAUGAAACCUGCAGGCCUUUGUUUUAAUGAACAUAUUGUGCAUGUGUGUAUUGUAUGCAUGCACUUCUUCCUGUUUAACGAGCUGUUUGGCUGCAGGGUGCUGUCCGAGCUGUGGGUUGACAGGAAUCAUGACGGACUGAGCAUCACUGACUCAGAAACAGACUGUGGGUUUGAUCGUGCUUCAGUUUUCCCUGUUGCAGUUUCAAUCCAAAAACAUUUGACGUAUGAAUGCUAAUAUUUUGUGCUUUGCCUUAAACUGUGUGUUUAUACCGACAUUUGGCUGAUUGUAAUCUGACUCCAGAGCUGCGUGGAGUUGGCUUUAACUUGUUAAUGUUUGGUGUUUGCUGAACUGUGAGAUUUUUCACAUCAAAAACAGAUGUGUGGUCACUUUGUUUCUCUGUUCACCGUUUUUUUCUGCUUCACGUGCUUUAAAAAUACAUUUGAAAAAACACUUUA